UCAAUACUCAGAUUUUCCUGUCACAAUAAACAAAUCACAAGUCGGAGUUGAUGUGUCACCUAUUACAGGCUCACGUAUAUUGUUAACGGUUAAUGUUUUGUUGAAAACUAAAUAUUUCUUAUGCCUCGUUUGUAUUAUUCGCCCCGUAAAACGAAAAUGGAUGAUGUGGAGGACCCAGCAGGCGACGUUACUGUUGUGGACGUGUAUGACAUUGCCUCUGAUAUCGGUAAAGAAUGUGAGAAGAUUAUUGAUACAUUUGGAGCAGAUGCUGUGACAUCACUCAUGCCCAAAGUAAUAAACGCCCUGGAGCUCCUGGAAAACUUGGCGAUAAAAAAUGAACGCGAAAAUACUUUAAUUCUCGAUAUGAAAUCGAAAAUAACACAACUAGAGAAUGAUAAGAUUGAAAAGGCAGAAUACAGACAAAAAUUUGAAAGGGAACUGGAGACUAUAGAGGAUCAAUGGAGGACAGAAUCUAAAGAUUUGGUGAUGCUGGUGUCCAAAUUACAAGAGGAAAACAGAAAACUCAAGUCCCAAGACAACAGUCAAUUCAAUGACAUCAAUACUAUUGAACAGACCAUGGCCAGUGAUAUGCUGGGAAAGCUACAGGCUUCCAUAGACAAGCAAAGAGAGGAGAUCAGGCAAAAGGAGAGACAGUUAGAAGAAAAGAAUGCGGAAGUGGAAAAUUUCAAAACACAAAUUGAAAAAAUCACCACAUCCACUAGAGACCUAAGAAGAAGGCACAAGACUCUACAAAAUCAAGUGAGAACCCUCUGUGAUGAGAGGGCUGAUUUUUUAGUUCAGUUACAAGACCAACAAAGAGAUAUUACAGCUUUAAGGCAACGUUUGGGCAUUGCUGUUAAAGAGAAUGAAGAUUUAGCAAAGUGUGACAUUACAUAUCCCAGUAAUAAGGCAGUCUUUGAUUUGGAUGAUCCCAACAGGCCCCGGUUCACUACUCAAGAGUUGAAAGACAUAUUACACGAAAGGAAUGAACUAAAGGCUAGAGUUAGUGAUCUGGAAGAAGAAUUGGAUACAUAUAGGCCUAAGCCAAAAGUAGAAACAAAAAAACAUGUACCAAUUAAUAAGGGUGUUGAAGUUGUGCCCGAAAUUGUCAUUAAUAAUGCAGAGGAGCCUGUAGAUGAAGAGGCCCCUGUGCAAGGGCCUCUCCCAUAUGAGCCUGAUGACGCCCCUUGGAAGAAAUCAGAAUCAGGAAUACGUAAAUUGUUUCGUUUUAGUUUUCGUAAGAUUUUUUCCGAAACUAACCCUGGGGGUAGUUUUCCUCGUCGCAGUCUAUCCACUCUCACGAAAAUGGCUCUGUCCUCAACCAGUGAACCCACGCCAGUCUGAGGAGGCACACCAAAUCUUUGGCGAAUCUCUAACCGAUUUAGAAUUGACCACUAGCUUUGAGCACGUCAUUUAGAUGAUAUUUUAUGUAAUAAUAUUUGCAACACACAAUGCACUAGGUGUCUCUAUGUCGCGAUAUGGGCAAAAUUAAUCAAUUAAUUAAUAUAUUAAAGUAACUUAUUACUCGAAAGUUGAAGAGUUGAUAAAACAAUAAGAAUCUGAAAUUAUUUACAUUUUUCUUUUACUGCCAAUAACAUUGCACAUUUUAAAAUGUAGUUUUUACAUUUUAUUAUUUUUUAAUAAUUAGUUACAAGAAUUUUCCAAUAUAUUUGUUUUGUGAAUGUUAAUUAAUUGAAUAAUUAUUUAAAUUGGCUUGGCAAGGGAUAACUUACAUUUUAAAAUGUAUAUCGUUAAAUAGUUUUAUACAUACUGAAUUUCACUUAAUUUUUUGCUUAAUGUAUAAAUACUAUUGUAUUAUAAGUGCCAACAAAAAAUUAUACCGGUGAUUAUCUAAGUUUAAAACGGUUCUAGUCUACAUAAAAAAGGUGAUUUUGCAAUUUGUUUUUGCUGUUUGUUAGAUAUAUACAGUAACCUUUAGUAUUUCCUAAAAUUUAUUCUUUAAGCGCAGGCAUUUACUCGCAUAAUUUAUUUAUACUUUUAUGAUUGAUUACAAAUUUUAAUGGGUUUUACUAAUUUUUAAUUGCGUUUAAUAUGUUUGUAAAAUCAGUUACGAUUGUGUUAAUAUAUUUUUUUAACAAACUUUAAA